GAGCCGAACGUUCAGUGACCUGCGCGGCGCACCGCUCGCCGAACGCAAAACAAAAUGUCCGCCAAGGACCUCGCAUUCUCGCGCAAUUUAAUCAAACGCUUCUUAGCCCUGUACAAAGAAUCACCAUGUCUAUGGGACAAGAAGUGCAUCUCGUACAAAAAUAAAAAAAAGAGAGACGAAGCGACUGCUCGUUUGACUGAAUUAGUACGCAAGUACGACCCUACCGCGACCAAGGUGCAUGUGUUGAGGAAGAUAGAGAGUAUGCGCGCGUGUGUGCGUAGAGAACAUAGAAAAGUACAGGCGAGUAUUUCGCGUGCGAAAUGUGACGACGAUGUAUACGUGCCGCAUCUGUGGUAUUACAACUUGUUGUCUUUCGCGUUUUCUGAUGAAACCGAUGAUACUAAAAUGAAGAUUGAAUAUUUAGAUGAGGAUUUUAACGCUGAGAGUGGCAAUGAAGAUGCAACAGAAGAUACAUUCGAACCGGCUUCACAUGUGUAUGCAGACUAUGCGAUAAGCAGUAAAGCUCUCGAAGCUCACAAUUCUAUGUACAAACAUAAUGAGGACGAUAGUAAGAGGAAACAGCAUUGUACUGAAGUUGAUGAUGAAUAUGAUGCUAUAGGUAUAAACGUAGCAGCAAAACUUCGUGGGCUUCCUUCUAACAUGAGAAUAUUAGCUGAAAAACUGAUUAACGAUGUUCUGUUCCAAGCUCAGACAAAUGCGCUUUCUUCAACAACAAUAAUAACUACGCCAGAUCCCUUUGAAUCUAAAUAAAAUGUAUAUCAAUAGUUUUGUUAUGCAAUAAAAUUGUUUAAGAAUGA